AAAAGUCACAUUUCUAGAAGCUCCUGCAAAAUAAUUCACAUUUCUUUACAAAAAUUCGUGAAAUUAUUUAAAUUAAUCUCAACAAUUUACAAUAAAUAAAUACCUAAACAAUGGAUGAUGAAGCUGAAACAUAUAAACUAUGGCGUAUUCGCAAAACAAUAAUGCAACUUAGCCACGACCGUGGCUAUUUAGUCACACAAGAUGAACUCGAUCAAACGCUGGAACAAUUUAAAGAAAUCUUUGGCGACAAACCGAGUGAAAAACGUCCAGCUCGUGGUGACUUGGUUGUUCUAGUUGCCCACAAUGACGAUCCCACCGACCAAAUGUUUGUCUUCUUCCCCGAAGAACCCAAAAUCGGCAUCAAAACCAUCAAAACUUACUGCACUCGAAUGCAGGAGGAAAACAUUCAUCGUGCUGUUGUUGUUGUUCAGGGAGGAAUGACUCCGUCGGCCAAACAAUCGUUGGUUGACAUGGCACCGAAAUAUAUUUUGGAACAAUUUCUAGAAUCGGAAUUGUUGAUUAAUAUUACCGAACACGAAUUGGUGCCGGAACAUGUUGUAAUGACGCCGGAAGAGAAGCAAGAAUUGUUGCAACGUUACAAAUUGAAGGAGAACAUGUUGAUGAGAAUUCAGGCGGGUGAUCCGGUGGCAAGGUAUUUUGGGCUGAAACGAGGACAAGUCGUGAAGAUUAUUCGGUCUUCGGAGACAGCUGGACGUUAUAUUUCUUAUCGGUUGGUUUGUUAGAGAAGACAA